ACACGCACACAAUGGCCUCGGAGGCCCGCCGACAGCGAGGUGCCCAGCUUGCGAGUUGCCUCGAACCAGGAGCCCGGCCAAGUGACGAUUUCGGAAGAGGAGGCAACAGUCUUGGUGUCGAGCAAGUUCACCAGCUCUGUGUUCAGCAUAGACGACCACGCACCCUACGCCCAGCCGACCGCCCUUCUCGACUACUGGCUUGACGGCAUACGCAAGCAUGACAUGAGGAAGCGGGUGGUGGUCAAGUUCGUGCUGGUCGAUCUGGCCUACUGGCACCAGAACCCCACUCUUGCGUGGCUCGUCCGACGCAUAAUCAAGACCGAAGACGGGCUGGUACAUUCGGCGCUGCAGGUGGGGCCUCACUGGUUCGACGGCUCACUGGUGCACACCAAGGAGCUGCACUCGGAUUGA